UCCCUUGGAACUUGACUCAAAAGAAAACGUGGAAUUGUGUAUUUUUAUCAGGAUUAUUUCAUGAGUGCUUAUCAUGGCUGCUGCCGCAAGACAUCUUUAUAAGUUUAUUGAUAUUGGAGCCAACUUGACAGAUCCUGUAUUCAGAGGAGUGUACCAUGGAUCCAAGAAGCAUGAAGAUGAUUUCCAAGAUGUACUGCAGAGAGCGUUCGACUAUGGCCUGCAGAAGAUCAUGAUCACAGGUGGCAGUCUGAAGGACGCGACUCAAGCUCUGGAGCUGGCCAAGACAGAUGACAACAUGUACAGCACGGUGGGGUGUCAUCCCACCAGGUGCAAGGAGUUCGAGAAGAGUGGCGACCCCGACAAGUACCUCCAUGACCUCACAGAGAUGAUCUCUCAGAACCGGAACAAGGUGGUGGCAGUCGGGGAGUGUGGACUAGAUUUUGAUAGAUUACACUUUUGUCCCCGAGAGACACAGCUCAAGUAUUUUGAGAAGCAGUUUGACAUCACUGAAGCUACUCAUCUCCCAAUGUUUCUACACUGCCGCAACUCAAGCACAGAAUUCCUAGACAUCAUCAGAAGAAACAGGGACAGAUUCACAGGGGGAGUGGUCCACUCCUUCACAGGGACAAAGGAGGAGGCGGCUGCCAUGCUGGACCAGGGCCUGUAUAUAGGAAUCAAUGGGUGCUCUUUGAAAACGCAAGAAAACAUUGACGCAAUGUGUACAAUCCCAACAGAACGCCUGAUGAUAGAAACAGAUGCCCCGUGGUGUGAUGUGAGGCAGACACAUGCAGGCUUCAAGCAUGUGAAGACAUCCUUCCCCUCCAAGAAGAAAGAGAAGUGGGAGAAAGGAUCCUGUAUCAAAGGCAGGAAUGAGCCUGCAUGUAUAAUACAAGUGUUGGAAGUGAUGGCAGGAGCAAGGAAUGAGGACAUUGGGCAGCUAGCAGAGAGGAUGUUUGAAAACACUCAGAAACUGUUCUUCCCCGAUUGCAGUUGAUGACAGCAGGACUGUUACAGCCAAUCUGUGAUAUCAGCGGGAUGCACUCGGCUACACAGAUCAGCCCUGUGUGUUAUGGGAAGUCAGAAAUAGAGAGAAUCUCUUGAAAGCUUUAGGAGUGAACUGGCUUUCUUCACCUGAAUUGUUACCGAUAAUAUUAUGGUAAAUGUGCAUUGCCUUAUCCAUGUUACCAGUGGCAACCACAUAUUGCAAAAGCUGAAACCGGGUAUUCCCUAUUAAACAAAGUGAGAAACAGGCUGAAAUACGGAAAAUUACAUUUAUUUUCAACAUUUAUACAAACACAAAAUAAAAUAUAAUUGCAUCGCACAGCAUGUUAUGUUAUUUUGUAUUACAAAUUAUUACUUGAACUUAACACAUACCUGCCAUUUCACAUUUUUAAAAUGUUUCAUUGUCAAUUUCUUUGGCACAAUCAAAGAAACAGUAAAUUCCUUGAGAACACAGUACAAGUCUAGGACAAGCAUGUUGCUUUAAGUUAAUUUAAACCGUUCACAUUUUAACACUUCAUAAUCCUAACCUUGUUAUCAUACACACACUAAUGAUGCAGGAAUUAUUCAGUACAGGAUGAGUGAUGAUGAAGUUAAAAGAAAACGUUUCUGCAUCACAAGUAAGAUUCCA